AUGUCUUCCACAACCUCUGCGAGCAAUGGUGCUUUGCAAAGCGGUGGAUCUAAAGUAUCUUCACCCUCGACCUCUUCUAUUCCACAAUCUGCACCUGCCGGUCUUUUAUCCAUGACCCAACCACCGCAAGCGUCUACCUCUUUUUUCAAGAUUGCCUCGGGAGAAGUCGUGACCUUUGCAUGGUCUUUUUCCGGCGUCCUUGCUACUCCCACCUCACUGACCGUUAACGCUGUUGGAGCCAACUCAUUCACAUAUUCUCUCACAAGUCUACCAGGAACAGCGUCGAGUUACAUAUGGACACCGUACGACUACCAACAAAGUCAUUUAGCUACUCCUUUGGCCCAGACUACGUAUACUCUCGAAAUCUUCGAUGAGAGAGGUCUGGGUGCGACGAUAAGGCCUGGCUAUCUGAGCCCUAACACAGCGUUGACUUUUGCCUUGUACACACCUCAGCCUUACACACCACUUGCCAGCUGGCAAUGUACAGUGUGUAGUGGCUCUAAUUCGUCCUUUACUGCACAUCCGGCGUAUGUUGCACUUAUCGCGACUUUCCUUGUCAUGUUUCUAUCGGGAUUCGGGUUGCUUAGAAAUGCGGUUGCGUACACGAGAAGAUAA